UUCUUCCAUUUCUUAAUAGAUUAAUUUGGAACUGGAAAGAAACCCAAUUAAUAAGCCAGAGUUUUGUUAGAGAGAAAUGCAUUUCAUGGAAAAGAAACAUUUAUACUCAUGGACGUCCAAAAUUACACUAUUGUUAUUUGUGUUGUCAGUUUAUUAUAUGGUUUCGUCCAGAGCAGAAGGAGGUGGGAUUAGUAUAGCAGCAAAUAAAUCAUUUCCGGCAGUGAUUAUGUUCGGAGAUUCUAUAGCUGACACAGGGAAUAAUAAUUACAAUCCGAAUUCGCUGGCCAGGUGCAAUUUCCCUCCCUAUGGGAAGGACUUCAAAGGAGGAAUACCAACCGGAAGAUUUUCCAACGGCAAGGUCCCAUCAGACCUCAUAGCGGAAGAAUUGGGAAUUAAAGAGCUUAUACCCCCUUACUUGGAUCCAUCCCUACAGCCCAAUGAUCUCCUCACUGGUGUUAGCUUCGCUGUUGGCGGCGUAGGAUAUGACCCAUUGACGGCAAAACUUGUGGACGUAACGACAUUAUCUGGUCAAUUGGAACAAUUUAAAGAAUACAUAGGGAAGCUGAAUGCAAUAGUGGGAGUGGAAAGAAGCAAGUCUAUCGUGGCUAAGAGUCUGAUUAUCGUAGUAGCAAGCAGUAAUGAUAUUGCAAAUACGUUUUCUGCGACCGGUGUUAGGAAAUGGAAUUAUGAUAUUCCUUCUUACACUGACCUCAUGCUCAACUAUGCUUCUCAAUUUUUUAAGUCGCUGUACGGACUUGGGGUACGAAGAUUUGGUGUUUUCAGUGCCCCACCGGUUGGAUGUGUGCCAUCUCAACGAACUCUUUUAGGUGGCUUUCGAAGAGAUUGUGCAGAGGAUUCCAACCAAGCAGCCUUGUUGUUCAAUUCUAAACUCUCUGCACACCUUGAUUACCUUAAUAAAAAUCUUCCAAAUGCAAACUUCUUAUACAUUGAUGUUUACAAUCCACUUCUCGAUAUCAUUAACAAUCCUAAUAAAUAUGGCUUUGAAAAUGCGAUUAAAGGGUGUUGUGGUACUGGGGACCUGGAGGUGGCAAUACUAUGUAACCAAUUGGAGCCGACCACGUGCCAGGACGACAGUAAAUAUGUAUUUUGGGAUAGUUACCAUCCAACAGAAAGAGCAUACAAAAUCAUCGUCCAAGAACUAGGGCCUCCACCAUUUUUGGACCCAAUGAACUUCGGAAUGCAUCAAGAAUACGCCCUCCGGUACUAA